CCAGAUGGGAAAAGAUAGAAAUCACUACGCCGUGCGCAGCUCUGGGGUUGCUCGGAUAGACACGAAACAGCAAGAACAUCGACAAGCCCUACAAGACGGAUAUCCAACCUUUGUACCCACCUUCGUUUCUCUGAGAGCAGCUUGUCUGCAGCGUACACGGGAGCAGUUACUAGAGUUGGAAACCCAGAUCGAUUUCUGCGAAGACGAGGUAAAGAGAGAUGGUCUGCUAGAUCGAGCCACGGCUUUGUUGCGUGAACUCGACGAGCAAUUGAAAGCGAAUGUGAAAUGGCGGCAGCUCGAAGACCCAAUUUACGCCGCUCAGCGGGGCUUAUCUUUGACACACUUUACCAUGGAUUCUGCCAAAAGAAAUGAUCACUGGAUGCUACUCACGAGUAAUUUCGGCGUCAGUGCGAACUCUAUCAUAGAAUCAGACCCCAGCCAACUCGCUUCGAGAGACAGAGAUUGGCUUGAGGAGUUCUGUGGUGGAGACGUUCCCCCAACUAUCGCUUUCAAGCGUAAAAAGACGAUGCUCGAACGCCAACGCGGGGGUGUCUUGCAGCAUGGAAAGAUCGUCACUCCUAAUCCCGGGAUGAAGAGGCUUUGGGCAUUUCUAAUCAGCCUGGGAGUUGCAGUCUCCAUUGGCUUCCUCGCGGUGGCCAUCAUCGCAACAACGACUGAGUUCCAUCCGUUAUUCAUCAAAUACUUCUUUUGGAUAGCUAUUGUGUGGGUACUUGCGGCUUCUGCUACCCUGGUUGCACUUGUACGAGCAUUUGGAGCUAGUGGCAAAGAUUCGUUAAGCGUUUUCCUGGCUACUGUAGCGAUUUAUCUGGUCAUUAUUCAGAUAGGUCAGACGAAGCUCUAUGGGCAACUCCAAGGCGAGGCACAAUAA